AUGCGCAGCGAGUGCGUGGCGUGGACUUGGGGGCCCUGCACCCCCAGCAGCAAGGACUGCGGCACGGGUUUCUGUGAGGGCACCUGCGGGGCCCAGACUCAGCGCACCUGGGGCAGGGUGGCCUGGACCAGGAAGAAGGAGUUUGUAGCUGACUGCAAGUACAAGUUUGAAACCUGGGGGGCGUGUGAUGGGAGCACAGGCACCAAAGCCCGCCAAGGCACCCUGAAGAAGGUGCACUACAAUGCCCAGUGCCAGGAGACCAUUAGCAUGACCAAGCCCUGCAGCCCCAAGACCAAAGCCAAGAAAGGGAAAGGGAAGGACUAG